AAAACUUUUGAAUGACUGUCGUAAUCAGUAAACUUCUAAGUAAGCGAGAUUGUAAAAUUAUUUCCAGACACUCACAUCACAUUUGCAUUAGCCCACCCCAUUAGCUGUUAGCAACACAGAUGCUACGGAAGUAGCCGUGUUUACGCGAUGUCGCUUCGCACAGAGGUGUCGUGUUUAUUAAACGACAUCGGAGUUGGCUCUUAGGUCACGUUGAUCCGUGAGAGCGAGACAGUGAAACGUCAACUAUGAGAUGACAGCCGGCGAUGGACUUCCUCACUCUGUUUGCCGUUUACGUCGCUGUGGUGCUGACAUGCAUCGUCCUCGUCUGCAAAUACUCCGGACAACGACAAACUCCAUUUACUGUUAUUUUCAACUGUAUAGGAAAGGUGGUGUCACCUUUGACGCCGAGAUGGCUGCGAGAUUUCUCCCAGAGGAGCCUACAUAGGUUGUUCCAUCAGAGAAGCAACAUGUUCAUCUACCUGCACAUCUUGUUGGAGGGAGCUGUGUAUGCAGAGUUCUCCUUUGAGGUUUUUGGCUUCUGCAGGGAGAUGGACACCACGCUGGUCAGCCUGUCUGUACCUUACAUAUUACUGGCUGUCAAGUCCAUAUUCUUCUUCCUCUGCAUCAAGAGAGAUCCAGGAACAGUGACUAAGACGAAAAUCUCUGCUGGGCAGCUUCAUAACUAUCCGUAUGACAGAAGACUGUUUCACCCAGGAGUGUCCUGCCCGACCUGCGGUCUUAUCAAACCAGCUCGCUCAAAACACUGUAGAGUUUGCGACAGGUGUGUUCAGCGCUUUGACCAUCACUGUGUGUGGGUCAACAAUUGCAUUGGUGCUCAGAACACACGCUACUUCCUGCUCUACAUGUUCAGCGUCUGUGCCAUGGCGGGCGACAUCGCUAUUCUGACUAUUGAUAUGCUGCUUCAUGUUCUUCUGCGUUCCGGACUCCUUCAGGCCAGCUACAUCGACGAACUGGGACAGCAGCAACCAGCAGGUCCACUGUUCAUCAUACAGCACCUCUUCCUCACAUUCCCCCGGAUCAUCUUCAUGCUGGGAUUUUUGGUUUUAGUCUUCUUCUUGCUCGCUGGUUACGCCUUGUUUCACUUCUACCUGGCUCUGGUUAACCAGACAUCCAAUGAGUGGUAUAAAAGUCGGGCAUCCACGUGUCAACAUUGCCACCCGACUGCUGAUCAUUUCUGUAGCAGCGCACCAGAUCACUCCAGAAGAUACUACUACAGCCAAGGACUCUUCCGAAAUCUGGGGGAGAUAUUCUUCCCUCCACAACCUGUGCGGAAAAAAGACUGUUAAGCUAUCAGUAAUCUUUGUCAAGUGGGGCAUAGAUAAUAAAGUUUUUUUGCCACUUUUGAAUAUUUCAAUGACUCAAAUCUCAGUGACCUGAUAAUUUUAUGUUUGGUGUGUAUAAGGGUAACACAUAUGGACAAGUUGAAGGAACUAUUUGGCAGUGCCUUCAGGUCCACAUGUAUCGGAACAAAUCUACUGUAUUUACAUUAAUGCAGGGGUUGUUAACCUUUUUGA